CAGAGCGCCGUGACGUGCGGAAUCCGCAGCAGAAAGAGAGAUGAUUAUUUUUUUCAGCUAAACUGUUCAGCAUCUCGGGUGGCUGGGGAUCAAAGCUACAUACCGGUGCAUUCAUCGCUGCAGCCCUCUUGGGAGUCUAAUCUCACCGUCGAAAGGAUUUAACCAAGGGAAUCGUGUUGGAUUUGUAUGUGUGUAUGUGUCCGGGACAAGACUUACGAGGUUGUGAGGCAAGAUUCAAUUCAUUGUGGCUUCUUUUGAGGCAGUGGCAACUGCAAAUAUAUCCCAGCAUCAUGUGGCAUCUCUGGAUUCUGGCUGCGACAUGCAAAAAUUGAUGUAAGGAUUAAUCUGUGAACUCCUGAUAAAAUAAAAAUCACAGGCAAAAUUGUGCCUCUUCACUGUAGAUGGCAGAAUUAGUCUUGACAGCUUGAGGUCUGACUGAAAUCCCAGUUUUCUUGUUAUUGCCAGCCACCUACUGAAGACUUCAGCACAUUCACAAUUUCUCAUCAUCUCUCAUCAGAAGCUUCCUAUGAAUGAACUGAUGUGGGCUGACUACAAUUAAGGCUCAGGAACAAGAAACUAUCCUGUGUUCUGCCAUUGUUGGAUGAACGGCUUUGAUUUGACCUAACCAACGCUGUCAUCAUAAACUUAAAUUACCUCUCAAAUGAGCGUUUCUGUCAUCGUGGAUUUAAUCCUCUCUGACAAACUGCACUUUUUGUGAGCAGUUUUAUAUUUGAUUCUCUCCCUACACUCCACUGAUUUUAUGCAUUUGUGUGCAUCUAGCAACAUGAUAAGCAUGGAUUCCUUCUGCGUUGUGCUAUUACUAAGUUCUUUAGCGGGGCUUUGCCUGGGCAUUGAAUUUACGGGAGCACCAGGAUUGUGGACCCGCUAUACACGUUGGGAUGCAAGCACCAGGAGUGAUUUAAGCUUCCAGUUCAAAACAGAACUCUCUAGUGCUCUGCUGCUCUACUUCGAUGAUGGAGGAUACUGUGAUUUUGUACAGCUGAUGAUAGUGGAGGGGAAAAUUCAACUUAAAUUUAGCAUUGAUUGCUUUGAGACUGAGAUCGAUAUGGAUAAGCUGGUGAAUGAUGACAAAUGGCACUUUCUCAUGAUUUCCCGCAAUAACCUGAGAACAGUUCUGGUGUUGGAUGGAGAAACAAAGUCAGCCGAAGUCAAGCCACAACGGCAGUAUAUGAAGAUUGUAAGCGAUUUGUUCAUAGGGGGCGUCCCACAGGAUAUUCGGAAAUCUGCAUUAACUUUGAAUAUGGUGCAAAGCAAACCUCCUUUUAAGGGAUUUAUCGAAGACUUGAAGUAUGGGGACUCUACACCAGUGCUGUUGGGGAGUCAGUUGGUGAAGCUGGUCAAGGAAGGCAUUUGCACUGAAAACCCAUGUGAAAAUGGUGGAAUUUGCUCUUUGGUCGAAGGGGAAGUUACCUGUGACUGUUCGAGCACAGGAUAUAUGGGGAGGUACUGCACUGAAGAAGUCAACCGUGUGCCAGGUUUCUCACAUCUGAUGAUGGGCGAGCAAGCCAGGGAAGACAACUCUGCAACAUUCCGAGGAUCUGAAUACUUCUGUUACGACCUGUCGCAGAACCCCAUCCAGAGCAGCAGCGAUGAGAUCACCUUGUCCUUCAGGACCUGGCAGCGGAACGGACUGAUCCUGCACACAGGGAAGUCAGCUGACUAUGUAAACCUAGCGCUGAAAGACGGAGCAGUUUCACUAGUCAUUAACCUGGGAUCUGGUGCUUUUGAGGCGUUGGUUGAACCAGUAAAUGGGAAGUUCAAUGACAACGCCUGGCACGAUGUCAAAGUGACACGCAAUCUGCGACAGCACUCAGGCAUUGGACACGCUAUGGUCACCAUUUCAGUGGAUGGUAUCCUUACUACGACGGGUUAUACCCAAGAAGACUACACCAUGCUGGGAUCUGACGACUUUUUCUACGUUGGUGGAAGUCCUAGUACAGCAGAUCUGCCUGGCUCGCCUGUCAGCAACAACUUUAUGGGAUGCCUCAGAGAGGUUGUUUAUAAAAACAAUGACAUCAGACUAGAGCUGUCACGUCUGGCAAGAAUUAAGGAUCCGAAAAUGAAGAUCCAUGGUGAUGUUGUAUUCAAGUGCGAGAACGUCGCCACGCUGGACCCCAUAUCAUUUGAGACGCCGGAGGCGUACAUCAGCUUGCCGAAAUGGAACACCAAGAAGAUGGGUUCAAUUUCUUUUGACUUCCGUACAUCGGAGCCCAAUGGCCUCAUUUUGUUCACACACGGAAAACCUCAGGAAAGGAAAGACAUGAGGAGCCCGAAGAAAACAAAAGUGGACUUUUUUGCUGUUGAGCUCCUUGACGGGAAUCUGUUCUUGCUGCUGGAUAUGGGAUCUGGUGCGAUAAAGAUCAAAUCAACAACGAGGAAGGUGAAUGAUGGAGAGUGGUAUCACGUGGAUAUACAACGAGAUGGUAGAUCAGGUACUAUAUCGGUGAAUAGUCGACGCACCCCAUUCACGGCAAGUGGGGACAGUGAGAUUCUUGACCUUGAGGGAGACAUGUACCUUGGAGGCCUACCAGACAACAGAAUGGGUUCCAUCUUGCCCACAGAGCUUUGGACAGCCAUGCUCAACUAUGGCUAUGUCGGGUGUAUCAGGGACUUGUUCAUUGAUGGCAGGAGCAAGGAUAUCCGACAGUUGGCUGAGGCACAGAAUGCUGCUGGGGUCAAGCCAUCUUGCUUGCGAGUGAGCGCUAAACAUUGUGACAGCAACCCUUGUAAGAACAAUGCAGUGUGCAGAGAAGGUUGGAACAGGUUCAUCUGUGACUGCACAGUCAUGGGCUACUGGGGAAGAACAUGUGAAAGAGAGGCAUCCAUUCUCAGCUACGAUGGCAGCAUGUACUUGAAGAUAGUCAUGCCCUGGGUAAUGCACACAGAAGCUGAAGAUGUUUCUCUCCGCUUCAUGUCCCAGCGAGCUUACGGCUUGCUCGUGGCCACGACCUCGAGGGAUUCAGCCGACACACUUCGCCUGGAGCUUGACGGAGGCCGAGUGAAACUGACAGUCAACUUAGACUGUAUCAGGAUUAACUGUAACUCCAGUAAAGGACCAGAGACACUUUAUGCUGGACAGAAGCUCAAUGACAAUGACUGGCAUGCAGUCAGAGUGGUUCGUCGAGGUAAAAAUUUAAAGCUGAUGGUCGAUGAAGUCACUGCAGAAGGUCAAAUGCUUGGCGACCACACACGACUGGAAUUUCACAACAUUGAGACUGGGAUAAUGACAGAACGACGCUUCAUCUCUGUGGCUCCAUCCAGUUUCAUUGGACACCUCCAGAGCUUGAUGUUUAAUGGAAUGAUGUACAUUGAUCUGUGCAAAAAUGGGGACAUUGAAUACUGUGAAAUAAACGCCAGGUUCGGCAUGAGGUCCAUCAUUGCAGAUCCCGUCACUUUCAAAACCAAGAACAGCUAUUUGACCCUGCCCACUCUACAUGCUUACACAUCCAUGCAUCUCUUCUUCCAGUUCAAAACCACUUCCCCUGAUGGAUUCAUCCUGUUCAACAGUGGAGACGGCAAUGACUUCAUUGCAGUGGAAUUAGUAAAAGGAUAUAUCCACUAUGUAUUUGACCUGGGAAAUGGGCCUAAUGUUAUCAAGGGGAACUCAGAAAAGGCCUUGAGUGACAAUCAAUGGCAUAAUGUAGUAAUCACCAGGGACAACAGCAACACUCACACACUGAAGGUGGAUGCUAGAUCUGUGACUCAAAUUAUCAAUGGUGCCAAAAACCUUGACCUCAAAGGUGUCCUAUACAUCGCUGGGCUGGCCCAAGGCAUGUACAACAAUCUGCCAAAACUUGUCGCCUCCAGAGAUGGGUUUCAGGGUUGUUUGGCAUCUGUAGACCUCAAUGGAAGGCUGCCGGACCUGAUUCACGAUGCUUUACAUCGCAGUGGUCAAAUUGAACGUGGAUGUGAAGGUCCCAGCACAACUUGCCAAGAGGACUCCUGUACCAACUAUGGAAUCUGCAUUCAGCAGUGGGAGGGAUACACGUGUGACUGCUCCAUGACUUCAUACAGCGGCAGUCAAUGCAAUGACCCUGGUACAACGUACAUUUUCGGCCGUGGAGGAGGCCUCAUAACCUACACUUGGCCAGCGAACGACAGGCCCAGCACGAGGACCGACCGCUUGGCUGUUGGAUUCAGCACGUCAGUGAAAGAUGCCAUCUUGGUGCGAGUGGACAGCGCUCCUGGUCUGGGCGACUUCCUUCAGCUUCACAUAGAGCAAGGCAAGAUCAGUGUCGUCUUUAACGUGGGUACUGACGACAUCGUCAUCACGGAGUCCAGCAACGUGGUGAAUGAUGGGAACUACCAUUUGGUCCGUUUCACCAGGAACGGGGGUAACGCGACUCUUCAGGUGGACAACUGGGCCGUCAAUGAAUUCUACCCUUCAGGAAACAUUGAUAAUGAACGCCUGGCGAUUGCUAAAACGAAAGUCCCCAAAAAAUUCAGAGGAAUAGUAUUUGAUGAGUGGCUACAAGAGAAAGGCCGCAUGCUCACCAUCUUCAACACCCAGGCCCUGAUCACAAUUGGGGGGAAGAACAGGAGCCGCCCAUUCCAGGGGCAGAUGUCUGGUCUUUACUACAAUGGCUUGAAGGUCCUCAACAUGGCGGCAGAGAGCCACCCCAACGUCAAGGUCAACGGGACGGUGCGGCUGGUGGGAGACGUGUCCGCGGUGAUUGUCAACCAGCCAUCAGUGACCACAUUACCUGCUGAAAUGUCCACCACCAUCAUGGCAACCACCACCACCAUGGCAACCACCACGGCCAGGAAGGUCCGGGGAACAAUGAAGGUCAACCCGGUCACCGAUGACUUGAUUGUGUCCUCAGCCGAAUGCGCCAGUGACGAUGAGGACCUCGAUGAGUGUGAGCCGAGCUCAGGUGGGUUAGGAGGUGAAUUAGUUUUCCCAGUAGUGACAGAAGAACCUUUAGACACCCCUCCUCUUGGCACCCGUGCCCCUGUCAUUACCCUCCUUCCUACCUUCCGCCCCCUUCUCACCAUUAUUGAAAGCACCAAAGAUUCCCUGUCCAUGAUCCCUGAGGUUGGGUUGCCUUGCUUGCUGGACCAGGACAACGAUGAUUGUGAUGCUGGCUUGGUGAUUUCGGGUUAUGGCUCAGGGGAGGCGCUUGACUCUGACCUACCCCCUACUGAUGAUGAAGAUUUUCAUACCACCUUGUCCUUGGUAACAGAUAAGACCUUGUCCACAUCGGCCUUCGAAGGUGGCUACAAAGCGCACGCACCCAAGUGGGAAUACAAGGACUUUAGAGCAAACAAACCGUCUGAAUCUGGUAGGACUGCCACCACAGACUCUCCCCCUGAGCUGACCAGCUCUUCAGCCUCCACACCGCCCAGGAAGUUGCCCAAGUUGCCCGCGGGCAAGCUGAAUACUCGUGAGCAGAAACCCCAGCCUGGCCUAGUGUUGUUUCCUUUGCCCACCGGUUAUGAAGUAGACAGCACCAAGUUGAAGAGCCCCCUAGUCACCUCACCCAUGUUCCGUAAUGUGCCCACAGCAAACCCCACGGAGCCGGGAGUGCGAAGGGGUCCCGGGGCGUCGGAAGUGGUGCGCGAGUCGAGCAGCACUACGGGAAUGGUCGUGGGAAUAGUGGCCGCAGCAGCACUGUGUAUCCUCAUCCUGCUGUACGCCAUGUACAAGUACCGCAACAGGGAUGAAGGCUCCUAUCAGGUGGACGAGACGCGGAACUACAUCAGCAACUCUGCACAGACCAACGGCACCGUGGUCAAGGAGAAGCAGCAAGGUGCCAAAGGCAGCAGUAAGAAGCACAGAAACAAGGACAAAGAGUACUACGUCUAGCGGGGUGGACAAGCUAUCCCAAGAGAAAGAGCAAACCAGAACAGAGGAGACACAAAUAACACAGAGAGAGAGAGAGAGAGAGAGAGAUGAAAUUUGGCGUGGUGCAAUCCUGCAACUUAGAUUUUAAACACACACACACACACACACACACACACACACACACACACACACACACACACACACACAAACACACACAAACACAAACACACACAUACACUAACUCUUUUGGGGAACAUUUUGGAAAAAAAAGACAAUCUCCAAACACAGCCUGGUGGCUGGGAAAUACGUGAUACGUACUGUGAUAUACUUAUAACAGAGUGAAGCUGUUAAGUGCAUUAGAUAACACGCGCGCACACACACAUACACACAGCCACCAUAACGAUUAGAAGCUUUGGAUAUUGUGGUCCAAGGGAUUUCAAACUCUACAAGACUCCACAGCUUUUGUCGGUUUUGUAUCCUGGAUGCGACUGUUAAGACUUUGUGACAUUUCGCAUUUUUCUGGAGGUUAUUUCAUUUGUUGUGAAGGCUGUGCACUGAUUUUAUUUAAACCAUCCUUUCUCUUUGCCGUGUGGAGCAUGUGAUUGCGACAUAAUGUACAGACCAAGUCAGAGUCCCGCUGAGCGUGGACCUUGGGAGAGACGGGGAGCUGGGGGAGGAAGGGGAGGUGGUGCUGCUGAUCGUGCGUGAGGGUGGCUGCACGCUCCCGUCCGCGGGUGCGCGCGUGUGUGCCUGUAUGUGUGUGGUGGAUGUGUGUGUGUGGGGCUGUAUGUGGACGGUCAGCUUCUCUCUCUCUUGCUCCUCCACCUCCUCCUCCUCUCCCCUCCCCUCGGAAAACGGGACUUUGCCGUUUAACUUUGUACUGUUUCUACAUCUCAGAUCGUGGUGUCCACCUUAUGAUUUGCUGUCCGCAAUAAAAUUGUAUUAAGUAUAUGAACAUUUAAAAGAAAAUAACAUAAGAUGAACAAAGCUGAAGUGGAAACACCCAUAGAUCGGACAGGUCUUGAACUGAGGUGACCACCUUCUUGUUUAUGAGCUGUUAAUUGUACAACAUAUUACUCAUAGAGUGUGGUAGGUAGUAUACAGCUGGCAAAAUCCAUGGCUGUGGUUCUGAGUUUCAGUAACUAACUGUGGUGCAUGCACAUUUAAAAAAAAAUAAAAUUAACCACAUCAUAUACAAUAUGGUGUUCAAUUUUGAUGGGAACCAAUCAUUGGUAAUUCAUUGGCCAAAUGUACCAUUUAGAGUUUUGGUUUUAUUUAUUUUAUUUGAUGUGCUUUGUUUCUCUCUCUUGCUCAUCAGCUUCACUGUUUAAUUUCCCUUCUUCCACUCGGCCUGUCGCUUUUUUUUUCCCCUCCCUGACUCACAGCCCAGCUUUAGUUUGUUGUCAAUGUUAUCGGAAGGUGGGGGAAGUAGACAUUGAGGCAAACACUUGUUUGUCCUUCAAACUUCCCACGGAGUUGAGUAUAUCUAUAUAUAUAUGUACAUUAAAAAAAUGUGGGUGUGAAUUUCCAAAUAUCAUCACAGACAAAUGGUGUCAAGAGAGAAGAAACAAGUUGUUUACAUAAUUUGAUGACAUUAUUAUAUAGCUUGUGUGCUUAGCACUGUUGUACAUUGAUUUGUUCAUUCUUUUUCUUUUGGUAUCUGUACACUUCCUGACUCUCUGCUAGUUUCUUACAAUGUCUUUCAUCUGGAGACAGCAGCCCAGAGCAAAGAUAUGCACACACUUCUGUUUAUAAAACGAACACCAUUAAUAUCAUCUAGGUUUAAAGAGUUUAGUUUUCUCUCUCGUUUUGUGUUUCUACGCCACAAGAUUACGUACCCAUUGAAACCGUUGGAAAACAAGUUACCUUUCAUAAUCCACGUGAGCUUUCUUUGCUAUACAGUGAAUUUUUUAAUAUAUAUAUAGUGUAACUGCUGUUUGAUUAAAACUAAGGUGAGCAGAUUCUGCAGGCUUCAAGUCUCAGCACUUGACAGCUUAAUGGACGAAGGAGAAACACACAGGAAGUUUGAUAUCUCAGUGUCUGCUGUUAAGGAUUGUCCCGUGGAUUCGCUUAAUGGUCAUUUUGGUUUUUUGAACUGUGAACUCCUGAUUUAUAAAGACUUGGAAACUCUGUGCAGACUGUAUUUCGGCUUUAUAUCAUAUUUUAUAUUUUUGUUCGGCAUCAAUGUGAAGGUUUUGAUUGGGUUCUUUUAAGUUAAUGCAGUGUUACUUCAUCCAUUCCUCCAUUUUCAGUUUUUGUUGCAUUUCAGUUCUAUAAAAGAUGUGCUUAGCAAUAAAACGUUCUUCCCAACGUU